CACGCAACACGCAACACCCGCGGCCACACCCGCACCCACACUACGCACCCGCACCCGCACCCACACCCGCACCCACACCCACACCCAGCGCUCUCGACUGCCACCCCACUCAUCAACACGAGGUGAGUAGAUGGCGUCCACAUCAUCCAGUACCCCACCCUGCCAUGCCAUGCCAUGCCAUGCCAUCCCACGCAAGCAGCGCAAGCGAGCCCAAUCAUGAUGAGUCAGCAUAUAUUCAUAGUUCACUCUGCAGCGGCAUUCAUUUGUUUCGCGAUGAGGAAGAACCAAAUCAUCUUUCAAAAUGUCUUUCACCCCUAUCUGAAUGUUUGGCAGCGGCAGUGCAGUGCAGUGCUCCGCUUGCGGUGCACUGCGGGCAAAGGCGUGUGGAGUGUGGGCAGUGGGCUGUAUGCGGGGGCAGUGUGCUCGCUCGCCCAGCCGCACAGCUCACUCCCUCUUGCUCUUUCCCCCCUUCUUCCCAACGCAGAUGUCGACAUCAGCAGCAUCGGCCGAGUCCCACGUGGUCAUUGGCGGCUCUGGAUUCUUGGGAUCGGCCAUCGUCAAGGCGUUGGUGGGAAGAGGGGAGAAGCGCGUGGUGAAUGUGGAUGUCAGGCCUCCUGAUGAGCACAGCCUCAGCACCACCACCAUCACCACCGCAGGCAGCAGCUUUGAAAAAGGCGACAUUACCAACAAGCAAUCGCUCGCACUCCUCUUUGCAUCGCUCAAACCCGAUGUCGUCUAUCACACCGCAUCUCCGCUCGCAGACUCGAGCUCGAAGCAGGUGUACGAAUUGGUCAAUGUGCAGGGAACGCAGAACGUCAUCGAAGCUGCGCAAGAGGCUGGCGUCAAGAAGCUCAUCUUUACCAGCUCUGCCAGCGUCAUCUUUGACGGCACGGACCUCGUCAAUGCCGACGAGAGGUUGCCUUACCCUCAACGCGUCUUUGACGAGUAUUCGACGACCAAAGCCCGUGCAGAGCAGCUGGUGCUGCUAGCCAACGGCGAAAAAAACCUCAAGACAUGCGCCAUUCGGCCCGCUGGCAUCUUUGGACCCGGUGAUCGACAAGCUCUGCCUGGCUUUUUCAAGGUGCUCGCUUCAGGAAAGAUCAAUUUUCAGCUUGGCGACAACAAGAAUCUCUUUGACUGGACAUAUGUGGACAAUGUAGCACACGCUCAUUUACUCGCUGCUGACAAGCUGUCUUCGGCUUCGCCCAUCUAUCCUGAAGAGUUCCUUGCCAGCGUGCACGUCCCUCUCAAAGUCGCAGCCUUGACCGACAAGGCAGAUCGGCGCGUGCCCACCUCCGAAAGCAGACUCAGUCCACCUGGCGUGCCCGACUUUGCUGCAGACUUGCCAAGCACAUUGACGCGAGAGCAGCGUGGUCUGGAUGGUCAGGUGCCCACGAUCGACGUUCGAAGUGUCGCGCGAAACAAGUUCGACCAGUUCUUCCUGCAAGAGGGUGUGGAGAGCAUUAACAAUCCGUUGCCCAAUGUGUGGGAUUAUGCCAAGGAAGAUCCGGGUGUCCGCGUCGACGGACAAGUCUUUCACAUUACCAAUGGUCAGCCAAUGCCAUUCUUUGAUUUUCCUCGCGCUUUGUGGAAGGCGUACGACGGUACGAUUGUGGACCCUGCCAGAGUGUGGAAUGUGCCAGUGGAUCUCGCCUUUCCGAUUGCCGCUGUUCAAGAGUGGUUCGGAUGGAUCUUUGGCACGAAACCGGACAUGACGCGAUUCAAGAUCACAUUCAGCGUGUCUAAACGUUACUACAACAUCGAAAGGGCACGCCGAGCGCUAGGCUACACUCCCUUGGUAGGCAUGGAAGAGGCCAUCGAGAGGAGCGCCAAGUGGUGGCGCGACGAGCAGCAACGCGCUGCGAAAUGACCGUCCGUGUAGGACUUGGCAUCUUGUACCGUCUCGACCAUUGUAUUACUAGCAAUCCAUCUUCAGCAC